CACACGCGGGUCUGCGGAGAUACUUUUGGGGCCUCGCAGCUUGCGAUCGCUGCUUGGGUCACUCGCUUCUCCUCUUUUCCUCUACCACCCACGGGGGCUGCUCUCUCGCCGAGUCUCUCUAUUUCCUUUUCGUUUUUGGCCUUGAACUGAUCCAGGUGGGAGACAGGUUGGCGGGUGGAAAAGGUAGAGAUAGGCAGGCAGGCUCAACAGGUCGGAGCAGGGAGAGGGGUUCUCGGACCCUGCGCUUCCGCGCGGGGGACCCCUAAGGAGGUGUCGGAUUUUGGGGGGGGGGUUCAGGAGAGCUGCCCUGGUGGGUUUCAUUUCAGCUGUGACCCCAACACCCCCGGCGCCAUACAGUCCCCGGCCGGAGGGUGCCUUUCACUCCUAGCUGGAAGGGGAGAAGGAAUCUGGAGGACGGUCGGUCGGUCCACGCCUGCUGAUCCGGACGCCGAGCCACGCGCAGUUCCAUCUCCAAGCCGGGGCUCCGACUCCACCAACUAGUUGUGCAGCUGCAGGGACUGAACUUUGGAGGAACCGACCCUUCCUCUCAUUCUAAGAUUACUGGAGGAGAUAGAAGGUGGAAGGCGUAGCGGAGGCCAGCGACCCCGCCACAAUGUUGGUGAAGAAGCUUGCAGGGAAAGGAGGGGGACAAGAGUCUGGAUCAGAAGAUCCGCGCCCCUUGGGACAGCGUUGUGCCGGCACCAUGCCCUCGUGCACGGCCCUGGCGACCCUCUUGUCAGUGGUUGCUGUGGCUUUUUGUUUUUAUCUUGGGGUGAAAACCAACGACCUCCAGGCGAGGAUUGCUGCUCUUGAAUCUGCUAAAGGGACCCCUUCCUUCCAUCCGCUGUCUGACACCGUGGAUGAGCUGAAGGCAAUGGUUCAGGAGAAAGUGGAGCGUCUCUUGGCUCAGAAAUCCUACGAACAUAUGGCUAAAAUAAGAACCGCCAGGGAGGCACCUUCAGAGUGCAACUGCCCAGCAGGUCCUCCAGGGAAACGAGGGAAGAGAGGCCGAAGAGGAGAAUCUGGUCCUCCUGGUCAGCCUGGUCCUCAGGGCCCCCCUGGUCCAAAAGGUGAUAAGGGAGAACAAGGUGAUCAGGGACCUCGGGGCCUGCCAGGCUUCCCCACAGUUGCUGCCCUCCACAGCAAUCAGAUCCUCACUGUCAAGGGUGACCAAGGACAGGCAGGGCCUCCAGGACCCCCAGGCCCUCCUGGUCCAAGAGGCCCGCCUGGGGACACAGGAAAGGACGGCCCCCGAGGAAUGCCAGGAGUACCUGGUGAACCAGGAAAACCAGGAGAACAAGGCUUGAUGGGACCUCUGGGGCCUCCAGGACAGAAGGGUUCCAUUGGAGCACCUGGGACUCCAGGCAUGGAUGGGCAAAAGGGUGAGCCUGGAUCACCUGGAGCAGCUGGGCAGAGUGGACUGCCAGGACCUAAGGGAGAACCUGGCAAAGAAGGAGAAAAGGGAGAUGCUGGAGAAAAUGGUCCCAAAGGUGAUACAGGAGAAAAGGGUGACCCUGGAUCGUCUGCUGCAGGAAUUAAGGGAGAACCUGGAGAAUCUGGCCGCCCAGGGCAGAAGGGUGAACCAGGGCUGCCUGGGCUGCCUGGACUUCCGGGGAUAAAGGGAGAACCAGGCUUCAUUGGUCCUCAGGGAGAACCAGGCUUACCAGGGCUACCAGGAACAAAAGGUGAUCGUGGGGAGGCGGGGCCUCCUGGAAGAGGUGAACGAGGAGAUCCUGGAGCCCCAGGCCCAAAGGGGAAGCAAGGUGAAUCAGGAGCUAGAGGCCCGAAGGGGUCAAAGGGUGAUCGUGGAGACAAAGGAGACUCUGGCGCUCUGGGACCGCGGGGUCCGCCUGGGCAAAAGGGAGAUCCAGGAGCCACUGAGGUCAUAGACUACAACGGCAACCUCCACGAGGCCUUGCAGAGGAUUACCACCUUAACUGUCACGGGCCCCCCUGGACCUCCUGGACCUCAAGGACUACAAGGGCCAAAGGGUGAGCAGGGCUCUCCAGGAAUCCCCGGAGUUGAUGGAGAACAGGGACUCAAAGGCUCAAAGGGAGACAUGGGGGACCCAGGUAUGCCCGGAGAAAAAGGAGGACUUGGACUUCCUGGAUUGCCGGGCGCCAACGGAGUAAAAGGAGAGAAAGGAGAGUCCGGUUUGCCAGGUCCUCAGGGGCCUUCUAUCAUAGGCCCACCAGGCCCUCCAGGUCCCCAUGGCCCACCUGGUCCCAUGGGGCCCCAUGGACUCCCUGGACCAAAGGGUGAACCAGGGUUAAAUGGUGUUAAAGGAUUGAAGGGUGAACCAGGUCAAAAGGGUGACAGAGGACCCCUUGGUCUUCCAGGGGCAUCUGGCUUAGACGGAAAGCCAGGAUCCCGGGGUGCAGAUGGUCCUAUAGGACCCCACGGCCCUGCAGGACCCAAAGGAGAAAGAGGCGAGAAAGGAGCUGUGGGAGAGCCUGGACCCAGAGGGCCCUACGGGCUGCCUGGCAAAGAUGGAGAACCUGGUCUUGAUGGCUUCCCUGGUCCUCGAGGCGAGAAGGGUGACCUGGGAGAAAAGGGAGAAAAGGGAUUCCGUGGCGUUAAGGGGGAAAAGGGGGAGCCAGGCCAGCCUGGCCUGGAUGGGCUGGAUGCUCCUUGCCAAUUGGGGCCCGAUGGGUUACCUAUGCCUGGCUGCUGGCAAAAGUGAUGAAUCUAACCUUCCGAGCAUGAAGUUGUGUAUAUAAUGGUCCACCUUUUAUAUUUAUAGUUGAAAAACUGAAGUGCAGAUUUUGCCAAGUGUGAGAUCUGCUCACCCGACACACUGCUUCUCCCUGUCCACAGUAGCACCCUUGUCUAUCUUUCCUCACGUCUGAAAUUAGGCAGUUCACGGAAGUGAGGAACCCGCAGGAAGUAUAGUGUCUCUAUUUUAUGUGAACGUAUGUAUGUGUUUAUAUGGACAUCGGUGAUAGAGAUCAAUUGUUGAUUGCUUUUGCUAUUUUCUUAUGUGGGGCUUGUUAACUGCAUGGACAAAAAGUGCCAUGAAAUAGUUUACAUGAAAUUGUGACCAAAUAUGGACUCAAAGCUAUGAAUACAUGGCACACACUCCCUGGUAGCAUCCAUUCAUGCCUACACCACCUACUGAAACUGACUAAAACCAGCAUGACCGUGUGCCAAACCUGCUUGUGCAAAUGCAGAUGCUUGCAUGCUGCCUAGUGAGUUCUUUGCCUACAUCUGAGCUCGUAUUCCUUUUGUCACCUCAAGGGGGUUACACCGUGGCUUAUUGCCAAAAAGAGAUAAGUUGACGGAGAGCGCGCGCGCGCACACACAGUUGGUCUUAUAUUUUGAGGGAGUUGCAGUCCCGACUGCAGAUCCACAGUUCCUGAUCUUGUGCGCUCCUGUGACCACCUUGGUUGAAAUACCAAAGGGUUAGGCUGAUGGCUGCCUCUAGUUUUCCUCGGGCGUCUCUUGGCGGUGAAGAUGCGGGACUAGGACCGGUUCAGCACUCCUGCACUGUCUUUCACGUGACCAGGUUGGAAGGAGGUCUACAAACGCUGACACCCAGAACGGCAGAAAUUUUCUUGCGUGAUCUGAUCUGACUCCCCACGAGUGUUGAUGUUUUGGGAGAAUGUCAGGGGUAUGCAGCAGUGUUUUGGAGUGCAUAUUGAAAGGUGUGGACAUCCUAUCAGAGCUCAGGUUGCUGAAGAACGACUAUGUCCCAAGAAGGGACGGGACAGAAUAAGCUGUGCUACAAAUGCAGACUUUACCAAAGGUCGUCGGAAAGUGUCCCUUCCUUCCUUACUGGGUUGAUCCAUACCAAACGUUUUUCUACAAGUUCGAGAAACAAAAUGUAGUUUCCAAUUUUUCUCAUACUUUUUAUUUUCUUAGUCCAGGAACAGAAGUCAUUUGUUUCAGUUUGGGUCUCAUAGGUUUUUAAACAAUAGUUUUAGAAAAGUUUUCAGAUCAUAAUUUGAAUCCAACAGUAAAAAUAACCUCUUUACAUCUCUUUUUGUUGUUUAAUUGAAGAAAUUAUAGGGAGACUCUAUUUUUGACUUAACCAUUGUAAAGUAUGAAGGUUAAGCAUUUUUUUUCACUACUUUUUGAUUUACAUUGACAAAUGUGCCUGUCAGUUAUUGUAAAGUCAAAUUUUUAUCACAUUUUGGUAGCAUGAACUUGCUUCUUCUAAACUUUUUUUUGUAUAUUGAAGUUUAUUUCUCACUUUUGUUUUUACAUUUCUAAGUGUUUGUCUUAUACACAGACCAAAUCUGAGAUCUCAGAAAGCUCUGAAAUACAGUUGCCAUAAAGAGUCUCAUUUUGACUGACUUGCUCAAAACUCACCUACCUAGUCUUAGCCUGGACAUUUCUUUGCACAGUAAAGACUUUGCGACAUGUUUUGAAAUAAUUUAUUCUAAGUGGAAGGGUUGCUUCAGAGAAGCGCCAUCAGUGGGAAUAGUCAUUCUGGCAGCCCAUUUGAGAAUUUCAUUUCCCUCGGUGAUUAAAUGUCAUUUUUAUGGGAAUGUUUCAAGUUUUGUGCUUGGAUAUUUAGCACCAGAGGGGAAAUUAGUUCAUGCUUAGGAUAACAGCAAUGAAGAUACAGUUUCAAGACAAAUCUCAAGACGUCAUUCAUAUUGUGUAACCAAAUGCUCGAUCAUGCAAAAUGGUGUCAUCUUUUUAUUUCUUUAUGUCAUUUCUGAGAUUAGAAUUUACUAUUUCUGAUAACAUUCCACAGCACUAAACCAAUUUAGCAUUUUUUUUCCAAUGGAGAGUAUUUUCUAACAAUUUCUUGUAUGGUGUAGUUAGGGUAAGGUAUUUCUCAAUAUAUGAGACAAUUAGUCUUAAAUCAUUUGGGGGACAAAAGUGAGCCCAAGACUACACAUUAUCUUCAAAAAAGCAGAGCAACUACAGAAUCUUGAAGCCAUCUGGUGACUAUAUCUCCUCUUAUCUUCCUGUCUGUUUCUCCACUAGAAAGAGGUACUAAGAGGGAUCAUUAUUUAAAAGUUAAACAGAUUCAAAUGAGACUAGCUCAACAACAAAAGAAGCGUUAAAGCACUGGACAUACCCUUAUAAAGAUACCGCAUAGACUGUGUGUGCACUGGGGUUCUGGCUUGAAAGAUACAUGGAAAGGAACAUGUAAACUUCCAUUUCGUGGACUUCCUGGGAACAGACAAACGGAAUGAUGUUAGUCCUCUAUGCUCAGUGGAUUGCUAGUUUAACCACCAAGAGAUAGCCUUAAACUUUGGGCUAUUAAGACAUCAUUAAUCAUACAUUUUAUCAUCAAACUGAAUAAUUUCCAAAUGAAUCAAUAAUAAAUCAUCAUUGCUGGUACAUAGGUUGAUAGGUAACAUUCUUUCUUAUAAAGACUUCUUUAGGAGAAUUAAGAAAACAACUUAUGAAGCACCCAUCGGAAAUAGGUCAAGGCCAGGGUUUUUUCAGAGACAGCCAACCUCUCUAAAGGAUGCCAUUGUUAUGUUUCCCUUUACGGUGUUUUCCAUUCAUGUUGUUGGUGCUGAUAAAUCUUCCUUUUUAUCUUUAUGGACCGUGGACCUCUACUGUGGGUAAUUUCAUUUCUCUGUUUAAUGGCAUUCCCAAGCUCUUAGUGCACGGUUCCAUUUUCGCAGAGUUCAUGAAUUUGUUGUAAACGUAGUUCCAUGGCCAGCCUUUCCUCAUGUAAAGCAGCCUUCCGCCGGGGCUCCCCUUCCUCUGUGUUCAUGUUAUACACCACAUGCCUUUAUCAGUUUGCAUUGCCUCCUCUUUUGAGUCACUCGCCUUUCAGCUUCCGUAGCCAGUGUUAGAGAAGUCUGCUCUGACACAUCGGGCACCCGGUAAAUGGCUGUCCUUCUCCCCCAUCAAAUGCAGCCUUGGAGGAGUUUUCCUUAUCCUGUUAUUUUGUGGAGAACAUUGGAAUGCCGCUCCUUCCUACCAGGAAAAAGUUCCUGGAUUUGUAUUUACACUCUGCGCAUCUGAUGUGUUAGUGGGGCAGUUUACAUAUAUUACAUGGACUUUGUGUGUAUAUAUCUGCUAGCUUGAGAACAUGGUCAGAUCACCAUUCUGUACCUAUGGGGAAGUUGUCCUUGAUCUCUUACAUUUUUGUUAUUUAAGGAAAGGUGCCUAAAGUAUUUCCAAGAAUGCUUUUAAAUAUUGCUAGUGAAGCAUUAAGGAAUAACAGUUUUAAUCCCCCCCACACACACUAUAUCUGUCUUAUGGCAAUUCUCCUCCUUCUCAUGAAGGGUCGAGAGAAACGUGGAUGCUGACAUUUGAAACCUUGAUUUUCUUCCUUGGUAGAAUUAUUUAAUGCUACCAAGACAAAGAAUUUAAUAACUUUUACCCCUCAAAAAAAAAAGUUUUGCUAUCUUAUAAGGUUCAAAGGAGCCUUAUCAUUCCAGAUAUCCGGAGAAUGGCCAGAUCUGAUGCUGGUGAUUGACAGAUCUGAGCAGUUAUAACUCUGCCACGCUGUGAUAGGCCGUAAAGGUCUUCUGUCCCUCCUUCUGUUUCCCUAUUUUCUCUUCCAUCUUCUCCUUUUGCUCCACAUUAUGUACCAGAGGCACUCCUCCCACUUAGGUUGCUGGUGAAUUUAUUUAGUCUUUUUCUUACUUUUAUACUAAUAAACAUUUGAAUGGCUUUUUUUCCACUAAAACGUAUGAACUGCCUCCUCUGCUUAUUGGCAGAGUAAUUUGGAGACAGGAGGAUGGAUCUCAUUGUGCUUGAUUUCUUAACAACAAGAAAAAAUACCAACAUUUUCCAAAUGAGUUGAUAUUCUGACCCAUCUCAGAAAUACUAAUGAGUCAGAUUCAAAAAGGAAUGUCUCCCAUAUUGCUGACAUCUGGGUGGAUAUUCUUUACAGUGUUGUAAAUGUUUCAUUGAGCUGGACAUUUUUUAAAAGAUGUAUGUAUCUGAUUUAUCUUUUGGAAAUAUUAUAUUUUUAUUUGUAUUUUUUACAUUUUAAAGUUCAUCUCUAUGUGCAGCUAUUUUUAUAUUACCAAAAACUCACAUAAAUACAUAGUAAGAGGGAAAUGGGGGGAAAAAUGGCAAGUGUAACCUUGUGUGGGUUUUUUUUUAAUGUUUUAUGGGCCAGUCUCAUGUACUUGGUUAUUCUAAAAAUAUGUUGUAUCUUUCCACUGUACAUAUGGCAAAACCUGAUCAUCUCAGUAGUGUAAAUAUUUAAAAGAUUGAUUUUCCCUGUUUGAGUUCUUAUUUCAAUUGUGAUUUUCCCGACUGUCGUCACUGAAUCAAAGGCCUAUGAGGGUUUGAUUUGCAGUCUCGCAAUGAUUGCUUUGUGCUCACUUUCUGAUUUGUUUAAUUACUUUCCAGACUUGUUUUCAGGGUUCCUAGUUUGUGAGAAGUUGACCUUCGGAAUUAUUUUUACACUAUUUAUGACUUAUUUUCAUAAUGUAAAAAGUGUGUAAUUAUUAUAACAUUAACCCAAACA